AUGACGAUUCCUGAACUGUUAACAUCUAACUGGCGAUCAUUCAAUAUUUAUUGCAAGGGUCCGUCAAAAAGUAAGAAAAAUAAAUUUGUCGAAAUACUUUGUGCUGAGAAUUCUUACAACGGAACCUCCAGAGGCCCUAAAGGAGCCAAAGAGUUUCAGCCAUUCAGA